AUGGCGAAACUCACAGUCUUCAUACUCGCUGCGACACCGCCUACACUAGUCAUGCUUGCUGCCUGGAAAAGUCCGCUGUCGAAGAAGUAAGUUUGGACCGUGAGCAUGAAAUGAAAUGUGAGGGGAAAGGUGACUGAUUACUGUGGCUUCAAGGUUGCAGGAACGGAGCAAGUUGGACCUUGAGAUUAAGAAGCAGGAGAUGCUGAGAGAGGGAGGGAAAUUACAGAAUGGGAAGAAAUUUGAUGGGAGGAAAAGGGAGGGCGAGAAGUAG